AUGGAUUCCACGUUCUGUUACGACAUGAAGAUGGAGAUUCUUUGGAAAACAUCACUAAAGACUCUUGACAUCAUUCGUUGUACCAGCAAAGAGUUGGAAAAACUCACAUAUGAAUCGUAUUUUCUGAGGCUGUACAACCAAAAAAACAAUGACGACAUGGUUUCUGGGUUUAUCCAAGUAAUCCUCCAAAAUGCCGGUCAGUGCAUGAUCAACUUGUUUGCGCCGUCAACGUCGUCAAAUCAUGAAUCAGCAAACAGUAGACGUCGACGACUGAUUGAUCUUGAUUUUCUGCCACCCAAAGCUCAAAUCCUGGCAUCUUCGGAGCAAGGAAUCAUGGUGUUCCAGAGUCCUCAUCCACGGGAUUAUAAGUUGGUUUGGUAUCAUGUUUGUAAGCCUGCAACUAAGCAGGUUUUGAGGUUGCCAAAUCCGAAAACCAGGUAUUUCACGCAGAAUGUCGCCAUGGUUGUGGUGGCUUCCAAGCCAGUACUGCAUUACAAGAUCAUAAGACUAUCCGAACCUAAACGUAAGAAACGUCGGAUUAAGCAAUACUGCCCAUACACGAAAUAUUGUUAUGAAAUCUUUGACUCAAAGGCAUGGGCAUGGAGACUACUAGAUCCAGUACUAUUGCCUUGUUCAGCCUUCCUGCUGACUAACCAACAACCGAUCACCGCGAGGGGCUCAAUCUACAUGCUUUUGAAUAACAAUCAAGUCUUAAAAUUUGAGGCAUGUUCUGAAAAAUGGACAACCUUUUCCCCACCUAUUCAAACCCUCGAUUAUCCAUGCAGCGAUGCUACAAGGAAGCUCGUAAAGUACAAAGGCAAGUUGGGGUUUAUUUGUGAGACACAAAGUCGACGUAAAAUUUGGGUUCUGAGAUCAGUCGAUGAUUCAUGGGAGGAGAAACUUGAUGUGUUUGACACUGAAAGAAGUUCAUUGGAUUUGGAGGCCAUAUAUGAGUCAGAGACGAGGGUUAAGAAUAAUGAUUACAACACACUUCAUUCAAAUCAGGUUUUCACCUUCCGAUCCGAUUUUGAGCCAGCAAACUUUUGA